CUUCGAUUGGCAUCUGAUUCUGGCAACCAGGCAAUGCCAGAUCCCUUCACCUCGUUGGGCCUGAGCUGCCCGAGCGGCGGAAGCUUUUACAUCUGCCAGGAGAGCGAUACCCAGUUCCUCGGAUGCUGUACAACAAAUCCUUGCGCCGACGGGUCUGGAUUGUGCCCUCGGGGCAACUUGCGCAAUGCUUCGUUCUCGGCCGACAAGUAUGAAGACAUCGCCCCGCAGGAGUGCAGCGAUGAUAGGGCUCUUUGGUACACAUGCCAGAACAUGAACCCUCCUUUCUUGGGGUGCUGCGCAACUAACCCUUGUGCAACCCGGAUGUGCCCAAGCGCGUCACUGUUCCCGGCAGAGUUGAGCGCCGAUAACGACACCAGGAGCGUGUUCUUGACGACAGCAUCAAGUACGCCGAGUUCCACGAGUACCAUAAGUGCGCCGAGCAGUACUGCCCCAAGUAGCGCGACGGGGGUCACUGCGGCAGCUAGGUUGUCGUCCGGGGCCAUUGCGGGGAUUGUCAUUGGAGCCGUCAUACUGGUCCUCGCGCUCGUCGCAGGCGCUGCCUACAUGUUUAAGUGCGGAUGGCACGCCAGGAGGAAGAAAGAGAGGGAGACCUACACCAAGUCGUUUAUGGGCUCUUCUUCGGCGGCCGAUACGGCCGAGCCAAGUCAGGAGUUUGCUCCUUAUCGAGACACGUACAACAGCAACAUAUCAAUGGCAGCUCCCGGCUACGCACCAAUCUCGCCGACGCUCCCACACUCACGGCCGACAUCAUUUGAUUACAUGCACAAGACGUCGUACCGUGGAAGCGCCAUCAGUGAAUCUGCUUCCCAGGGAUACCACAGCCGUGUCCCGUCACAGCUCUCCGAGAUGAAUCCCAACCUUUUGCGGGUCUCGGUUCUGAACCCCAACCUCGAGACCGUCUCGGAACUAGGCGGGUCGGAAAUCGCCGACCCAGCCAGACACGAGCUCUCGGCGGCCCAAGAGAUCCGCGUCUUUCGAGGGACAGAUCAGGCCAUGGGUCCGCCGCAGACAGGAACCGAGACCCAGGACCAGCCCGGGUCCAGGUUGUCCGCAAUAUCCCCGCCCCGCGAACAGAACGAGCUGCAUCUUUGGGACGGCACGGCCGGACAAGGGGCUGCGCCGAGGCACUCGGGUGAAGGUUGAGAAACGGCCAUAUUUUGGAGGCAGGAUCGCCUCCGAGGCGUAAUGGGGCGGAGCAGGGGAAGGCCGGCGUUUAGUGUUGGACCACACACGAGUGGAUGAAAAUGGGAAGCAUGAAUGUUUCAGGAGUUUGGCGCAGAGAUUUCCCUCUCUGCACGGUAUCCAGGGGCCCAAUAAAUGUAUUCUAUCCAAUCUCAUCAACCAACAAAUAAGCAACUCCUUUGUGCUGGAACCUAAAGCUCUGUGACUAUUGUGCACGGGCCACCCCCUUUACCAAUUAUUCAGGGGGGAAAUUAGUGCUGGGGCUUGUCGGAC